UUUGCAUUGUCCAGUAAAUUUCUGAGAGUGAGGUUUGACCAAGUUCAACAAUAUCAUGAAACUGUAAUCGAAUUAUGGUCUACUAUAUACUUUCUAAUAUAAUUAAACAGUAAAUUGUAACAGAGCAGUGACAACUUCUUCCAACCUUCCUGCAGCCAAUCACAGAGCUUACAGCUCACUGUGUUUCCGGGUAAAGGCGGAAGCACGUAAAAUGUGGGUUGAUUACAGAGGCGUUGCGAUUCACUCCUCAAAAUACUAUGUUAGUACUUGCUAGCUCAAAUUCGUGAAUGAAAACACUUUCUGAUUUUGUGAAUGAAAGGAUAACUCAUCCAACUGCCUUUCGGGACGGCGAAUGACACAGAACCAACGGUCUAUUGCAACACCUUUUGGAUUCAACUUGUCAGAAGCCAGCUGAUGCUCAACAAUGCUCAUGUCAAGACUGUUUCGCUCUGUGAUCUUGAAAGUGGACAGUGUCCCCCUGUCAGUGUUUACAUCAAGGCCAGCUAGCCACGACUUGCGCAGAUGGAAUCAAAACCAUGCUUUCGGCCCCAGACAUUCACAGAAACAAAGGACGAACGAUGAUGGCUUAGAUCCAGAUGAUGUGGAGUCUCAGAUUGAGGCGGUGAUCAGAGAGGAAAAGAGAAAACAGAAAACUGUUAAAUUCCACAAAAUCAAAAGGCAACUGAGGCCCAAGGGAGCACCAGAAAGGAAACUUACUUGGGAUGCCAUUGAACAAAUCAGGUUUCUGAAGCAGGAUUCCCCAGAGGAGUGGACUGUGGGUCGUCUCGCAGAGGGCUUCUCCGUCACGCCUGACGAAAUCUCCCGGAUACUCCGCAGCAAGUUCACUCCUGCCCCCGAACAGAGGGUGAGGCAAGAUCACACCGUGUUGGCUAAGCAGCAACAGCCGACCCUUGCAGAUGGCACCGGCGAUGUUCAGAGGCCCAAAACACUCCCGACACCCAGCAGCAGCACCCAGAUCACACUGCCUGAGCAGCAACGGUACCUGGGUCUUGAGGAAGGCCCUGUGGUGCAUUCUCCUCAGAAGAGGUUGCCUGCUGCACCCAGCACCCGAAUGAAACUGGCUAAGGUGCAACAGCAGCAACCAAGUCUUGAGGACAUCACUUUGGCGCAGCCUAGUAAAAAGUUGUCUACUACACCCAGCACACAGAACACCCUGACUGCGGGACCCACUGGAGCUCUGGGGGGCUCUACUAGUCAGAGCCAGGUGGUGGUGACUGCUGCGGCCAAAGGAAAAAUGACACAUGUAGGGAAGGGAUCGUCUGUUGAUUCCCUGAGGCCCUCACCACAGUCAACUGCCCUGAGAACUGGUUCUGUGAUGAGCACAGUACCUUUGCAUCAUAAAAAUGACAGUGUCAAGAUGGCUGAAAAGAUGGCUGAGUUGAAGUUUGAAGAGGGAAGCUAUUCUGAAGAUGGUGGUGAAGAGACGUGGGAUGGAGUUACAUUGACAGAGUCUGAAUUACAGCAGCUAUCACAAACUGUGACAGAGAAAAGUCCUUUGGUAGUGAAGAGUGGGAGAGAAUACUUUGACUCAGAGGGCAAUUUUCUCUACAGGGUAUGAGUCGUCGACAAUACAGAAUGUUAAAUCUGAAACUGGACUGAAUUAUUGUAAUUGUGUGCUGAUGCAAAUGUUGCACUCCUUACAGAGGGUCACUUUCGUAACUAAUACUGUUGCAAAAUAAAUACUACUUUGUACUAUAGUUUUUAA